GGGAAACACCAUGGUGAAGGUUUGGAGACAGGUGCAGGAGAGCCACUGCGAGGGCUAUCUACAGAGAAAGGACUUGUACACCACUCUUCUCAGCCAGUACAACAAACCUGGGAAGAUCACUCGGAGUUUGUGCCAGCAGUUCCAGCGACCACCAGCACGGAGAGAGCCGCCAUCUGCCAGACUGAUGAGAAAGGCGUUCCUUAUCUCAGAGGCAGAUAACAUCGAGGACUACCGUACUCAGAUUAUGUCCACAUUUGGGCAAGUCCUGAAGUACGACUCCACCAAGAAGAUCUGCAAGAAACUCUCCGGCGAUGGAAAAGGCACUGCAGAGUGGUGUACCAAUGUGGCCAACGAGCACGGGCAGAUCCUCAUAUCUGUUCUCACCUGUGAGGAGUCAUUGGAGAAGAUGAGGCCGAUGGCUGAAGGCCUCAUGGAGAGGUACAGGAGAGCUGACGAGGCACCGCCCGAGCUCAUGUAUGUGGAUCGUGGCUGCUGUCGCGUCCACGCCGUGUCCUCGGUUGAGCAGCUCUUCAGUGACUGGACGGACAGGGGCAUGCUGGUACGGCUUUCAUUGGAUCCAUCGAUUCGAUGCAGCCCUACGGACAGAUCAUCAUCCAAAGUAUGCCCUGUUCAAGUCUGCCCUCUCUGCUGCCGUCUUUGCCUACAACAAAGACGACAUGGCUCUUCCGGUACAGGCGAUACGUGCCGGUCACCCAACCAACUAUGCCUCCCUGACUGACAGCCAGAUCAUCGAGCUGCGUGUCAGUAAAUAUGACCUCAGCCAUUACGUCAGGAGGAUCACAGUUGGUGCACAGGAAACA